AUGCCUCACAAACACACCCGCCGCGAGAAGGACCUGUCGACCUUCGACCUUCCCCCAACCCAAAUUGCAAAGCCGCUCCCGCCCACGACUAUUUCCAAGAAGAAACAGCCUGUACAAAAGAAAAACACCGAUGGCAUCCAGAAGACUUCGUCCAAAAGGAAACGAGCACCUGAAACUCAGGAUGCGCCGCGCGCCUUCAAGCGUCUGAUGGCUUUUGCCGAAGGAAGGAAGCCGCGUUCCGGGCUCGACAAUGGCGCACCGCCACCCAGCAAGAAGGCCAAGAAAAAGGCAGCUGCCGCCGCCGCCGCCGCCGCUUCCAACGAGACACCCGCUCCCGAGAAAGAACCAGAAUCAAAGCCCGAACUCAAGAUCCGACCAGGCGAGAAGCUUUCCGAGUUCAGUCAGCGUGUAGACGCCGCGCUACCCAUCAGUGGUUUGGUGAACAACAAGGCCAAGAACGGUAAGGAUCCGCUCGGUCUCAAGAUCUGGCGAACGAGGAAGGAGAUGAAGAUGCACAAGCUUUACGAUGAAUGGAGGGUACAAGACGCCAAGAUCAAGGAGAAGAGAGAAGAAGAACUGGAAGAGCUGGAAGAGAAGGAGAUGGAGGAGGAGUCUAUGGGCGUCACUUGGAAGCUGAACAUGGAAGCGGGGAAGAAAAAGAAGAAGGGUAAAAAGGGCUCUAGAUACCUUGGCGAGUCUAAGGAGAAGGAGGAUGAUCCGUGGGAGGAAAUCAAGAAGAAGCGAGGCGAGGCCAAGGUCGGUCUCAACGAAGUGGCGGAUGCUCCUCCCGAGUUGAAGAUUCCUAGCAAGAAAUUGCUUGUCGGCGGAGCGACGGUCGAUGUCGAGGGAAUCCCCAAGGCCGCGGGAAGUUUACGGCAGCGUGAGGAGCUACAAAAGGUUCGUGAAGACGUGGUGGCACAAUACCGCAAGCUUAUGGCUGAGCGGAGACCUAAUACGCUCGUAUAG